AUGUGCAGGAUGGAACCCUGUGUACUUGUUGGAGGGUUCGGUUGGGCGGAGUCAGUGUUCGGUGAUGGUGAUUGGACGGUGGCGGGCAUGAUCCGGGAGACAUAUGGCUGGACUGUAAUGAGCGGAGGAACUACGAAUGGAUCGCUGAACAAAUGAAAAGGCGGAAGCAUCUGACUGAGUGGGAUUGUCGAGAAUUGGCCCAGAGCAGAGAGGGUUCAUGUUCUCUCACUCAACCAUUUUAUCAAUGGAGAGUCAGCAAGGAUGUAAACAAAGGCCUAUAUCCUCGUAGUAGGAGCAAGUCAUGGCCCAGAGGCACUGCAAGAACUGCUCGUGUGAAUAGUUCAGUGGCUUGUACAGAUCUCGCAUGUCCCAAAUCUAAUAGCAGCCACACAGCUGAAAUGGAAGGAGAAGACGAUGCAUUAUUCUCUGGUCAUAUAGAUGAGGAUGUGGCCAUGUUUGAUGGGACGGACGGUUCUCCUAAACCCGCUUCAAAUCGAAAACGGCCUUUUUCAUCUUUGGAAUGCUGGAGCCAAGACCCAAAUAUGGAUCCAUCAGGAGAAGAAGCUAUGUCUUCCAGUGAUUUCUUCGAAGAAGAGGACGAUGAUGAAAUGGGUCACCUGUUGGAUUCGCUUUCUGAUUCACACUAUGGACUCCUUGGAGGAACUGGAGAUAACAGUCAGUCAUAUGACCUAAUAAGCCAGUUUCCUACGGAACUCUUGCAGCAUAUUCUUGGUUUCCUUCCUAUUGAGGACCUGUACCAGAAUGUGAGCUUCGUCUGUAAGGAAUGGAAGGCAAUAGUUGAUGAUGUAUUGUUUAUCCCAUGGAAAAAGCUGUAUUACCGAUAUGUUUCUAAAGACUCAAAAGCAGUAACAGAAGUUGAUAAUAUUCUUAAGAAGAAUGGCAUAGCUACAGAAAACCCAAGUUACAUCCUGGAUCUAGUAAGGUGUUUUGCAUCUGUGGUGCAUUCCCGUCCGAUUGACUUUGAGAAAAUCUUAGACAGUUUAAAGUGUCAUCAUUUGUAUCAAAUGGCUGAAAGAUCUGCUGCUGCUAGAUUUCCUGAUCUGAGGGAUGACACGGGGACAAUUAAUGCGUGGACAGUGGUGGCAGUGCUCAUACUUCUAUCAAGAGAUGUUCCUGACAUCCAAAAGCUCAUAAAAUGUUUACAACGUCCUAGCUCUCCACUUAAACUGACAGAAGUCAUGGAGGCCUUAUACUGCCUAGCGCUACUUGUUUAUGCAAUGAGAGAGGAGAAGAUUCUCAUUACUAACAGGGUUCACUACAAACUCUUCUACUGCUUAUAUCUGUUAGAAAAUGAAAGCUCAGAAAUAAAAAAAUGUUCCAAAGUAACGUCCAAAAACCAGCCCUCCUUUAAAUUAACAAAUGAGCAGCAGCAAAUUAUUAACCACGAUAUCCAACCUGAACAAGUUGUAAAAAUCAUGGCUUUUGCAGGUACUGGAAAGACCUCCACUCUUAUUAAGUAUGCAGAGAAGAGACCAGAUCUACGUUUUCUGUAUGCGACGUUCAACAAAUCCAUUGCAAAUCAUGCUUCAAACUUAUUUCCUAAAAAUGUCACGUGUAAAACUUUCCAUUCCAUGGCUUUUCAAGAGACUGGAAAAUUAUAUUAUCAAAGGCAGAAGAUAAACCCCUCCGGACUUACAGCGUACACUGUCAAUUUUGUUCUUCCUGAAGGCCAGGCUGGCUUUGUCAGAGCAAAAUUAGUUGUUAAGACUUUAGGGAGUUUUUUCGCUUCUGCAGACGGUGAAAUUGAGGCAGAGCAUGUUCCAAUAUGGUACACAAAUAAUCGUGGAGAACGAGAGCUGGUCCCUCCAGACCUACAGCGGUUUACAGUGAGUGAAGCAAACCGGAUUUGGAAAAGAAUGAAAAGUCUUGAAGAAACCAGUGUGCUUGCUUACAAAAUGACACAUGAUGGCUAUCUGAAGUUGUGGCAGCUCCAUAGACCCAAUCUCUCUUCCUCCUAUGAUGUUAUAUUUGUUGAUGAAGCGCAGGACUGCACACCAUCUAUUAUGGAGGUUGUGCUUUCUCAAACAUGUGGCAAAAUAUUUGUUGGGGAUCCACACCAGCAAAUCUACACCUUCCGUGGAGCAGUGAAUGCACUUUGUGAAGUGCCACACACUCAUAUCUUCUAUCUUACCCAGAGCUUUCGAUUUGGUGCUGAAAUAGCUUAUAUUGGAGCCACCAUACUUGAUGUAUGUAAGAACGUACGGGAUAAGACCUUGGUUGGAGGUAACCAAAAAGGUACUAUCGGUGAGCCCUCCCAAUCAAAAGUUGCCAUUUUAUCCAGAAGUAACGCCUGUGUGUUUGAUCAAGCUGUCCAUGUUACUGAUGGAGAAUUCCCUUCAAAGAUCCAUAUUAUUGGGGGGCUAGUAAACUUUGGGCUGAGCAAAAUCUCUGACAUUUGGAUACUGCUUCAGCCAGAACAGGAAAGAAAGAGACAGAGACUUUACAUUAAAGACAGGUUCAUAGCCAAAUGGCUAAAGAAAGGAGGAUUUGUGGCUUUAAAGGAGUAUACAGUGAGCUCGGAAGACAGAGAGUUGGAAGGAAAAAUUGCUAUUGUUGAGAAAUACAACCAACGAAUACCCGAGUUGGUGAACCGAAUACAAGAAUCUAAUACUCCUAAUGUGGAUUCUGCAGACUAUAUUUUAGGAACCGUUCAUAAGGCUAAAGGCAUGGAAUUUGACACUGUUGAGAUUACUGAUGAUUUUGUAAAAGUGCCUCUACCUAGACAUAAUCUCAGAAGACUACAUCUCCCCAUAGAUUGGUCUGUAGGAGAUGAAUGGAAUUUGCUGUAUGUGGCUGCAACUCGAGCAAAGAAACAUCUCGUCAUAACUAAAUCAAUAGAAAAUAUUUUAACUUUGGCUGGGGAGUACUCGUUAAAAGCAGAGUUGACCAGUGAGGUGCUGAAGGACGGCCCUGUAUUGUGUGCUCUAGGGCACUGCAGAAAUCCCAUCCCUGAAAACUCAGUGCUGACCAUGAGAAGAUUGCCAACCACCUAUAGUGACAAAAGUGAAGAUAAAGGGGGCUUUUUCUGCCAUGCGUGUGUGCAACAGCGAGUUGGAAAUAUGACACAGCUAAUGCUAUCGCCAGAUAUUUUGGAAACCAUAGAGAGCAAAUUAGAAAACGUAGUUAUGUCCAGACGUCUUGAAUUUCUGUUGCAAGUUAUUUAGCAGUAAAUAUGUUUUAGUUAUUUCCUGUUGGGCGCCCCCAACAGUGUGAGGUUUUGUAUGUCCUAGGAUAUCACAGUAUGGUGCGUGUAAUUUAUUUUUAAUUAAACCUGUCAAAUAUCUGGUGUUCCCAAACUGAUCUUAUGAUCAUGAAUUACACUUAAAACGUUUUUUUGUUUUGGAUAGUUAUACUUUAACUUUAGGGUGUACAGGGAUUAGAACACCUAUCAGUUUUUUUUUGCUGUCUCUGUCCCCAUUAGGGAGAUUUACCCUCUCUAUUUGCCCUGUUUACCAUUCUCAUUGAACUA